AUGCGCAAUCUCAGGAGUACACGCUUCGAUCAAUGGGCGCCUCCCAGUCAUUUCAGAGGAAAGGCUCUGACAGCUGCGACGUGGGACCUUGCCAAUGACUCUGUUGUUUGCGCUUUUGGGCCAACCGAAAAUGACCCUCUUAUCGAAUUGGUAAGAGUGGCAGCAAAGGGCGAUUUACAUGAGCACACAAUUAUCACCUCUUGGGAUGCGCCAUGUCCCAAUCCAGAUCUCAUUUGUGAUGAAAUCUUGAGCCUGCAUUAUUUCGGGGACAGUUUGACGGCAUGUCUAGUCCUGGCCGGUGGCGACAUUACGGUUGUCAGAGAAGAACCUCAAGCUGGAGAAGACCGAAUUGAGAUCGUUGGAUCUGUUGAUGAAGGCAUCACUGCUGCAAGAUGGUCACCUGACGAGGAGCUUCUGGCUAUUACCACAAAGGCGGAGACCUUGGUGUUCAUGAGCCGGAGCUUCGAGGGAGUCACUGAUGUUGCUAUGACCUCGGAGGAUCUUCAAGCAUCGAAUCAUGUCUCGGUUGGCUGGGGUAAGAAGGAAACUCAGUUCAAGGGAAAGGGUGCCAAGGCAAUGCGAGAUCCAACAAUGCCAGAGAAAAUCGACGAAGGAGUUCUGAGCUCAAAUGAUGAUUUAAGAGCCAAUAUAAGUUGGAGAGGAGACGGUGCGUACCUCGCUAUCUCGACUAUCGAGGGUAGCAGCAGACGAGUUAUCCGGGUUUACUCGAGAGAAGGAGUACUGGAUAGCGCCAGCGAACCAGUUGAUGGUUUGGAAGGUGCUCUAAGCUGGAGGCCAGUGGGAAAUCUCAUCGCUGGCAUUCAAAGACUGGAGGAGCGAGUUGAUGUGGUAUUCUUCGAGCGAAAUGGACUUAGACACGGUCAAUUCUCUCUUCGACUUAGCCCUGAACAGUUACACGAGCGAGAAGAACGUAUCAGACUGUGUUGGAAUUCGGAUUCAACAGUACUAGCUGUCAUUAUGGGAGAUCAUACAGAGCUGUGGACAAUGGGUAACUACCAUUGGUAUCUGAAACAAGUGAUCCACACGGAUACUUUGCUUCCUGUAGGUCCUCUGGUAUGGCAUCCCGAGAAGUCUCUGAGACUUCUGACAGCGUCAUCCGACGGUCUUGGAAUGCACGACUAUAUGUUCACUACAGCUCGUUCCUCUGCCGCACCACCGUACGAUCAUGGCAUCGUAGCUGUGAUAGAUGGCAUUUCGGUCAACAUCACCCCUCUCCGGACUGCCAAUGUUCCUCCACCUAUGGCAUUACAUGAAAUUGUAGUACCAUCGAACACUAUUGACGUAGCAUUCAACGUCGAUGCCUCGUUGAUUGCAGUAUUGCAUCAGAAGGGGAUUUCAAUCUUUGAGUGGAAGAGUGUUACCUCCUCCGCUCCCCCGCCUGCGCUAACAGGAAGAGUAACAUUUGAGAAGGCCGAAUUUUUCACACCUACAUACCAACAAAUCUCGUUCGCUGGUACGAAUGAAGUACUUGUUCUGCAGAAAGACGAAACGGGACCCUCCAUCAAUCGUUACGGUUUCAACGAUGAAACUGGUAGAAUGGAAAUGCUGGAUUCCAAUGCAAACCUAACAUCCGCAAUAUUCACACUUUCAAGUUUCUCGAAAGAUGGGCUAGCACAUCCAUUCGUCCAAGGAAGAAAGGGAGACUUGCAAAGUCUUGCUUUUGGAAAUCAUUCUCUGUCUUGUUGCAGCUUCCCAACGUACCUCCCUUGGGUUGAGAUCUGGGCCGGCGAGGAUGAUAUUGCAUUUGGAAUGUCUCCUCACGGGCAUUUGUAUGCUAAUUCGCGAUUGCUGGUCAAGAAUUGCACAUCUUUUCUCGUUACCUCGGCACAUCUCAUAUUUACAACCACCACGCACCUCCUUAAGUUCGUCCACGUCACCCAAGUCGAUGAUCUCGAAGUUCCAGCAGAUGAUCCUGAAAACGACGAGAGGUGCAGAAGCAUUGAACGCGGAGCUCGGCUUGUCACUGCUAUGCCCACCGCUCUCAAUCUCGUCCUACAAAUGCCAAGAGGCAAUCUCGAGACAAUAUUCCCACGGGCAAUGGUGGUUGCUGGUAUUCGGAAGCUAAUUGAAGAAAAGAAUUAUAAGAAGGCUUUUACACACUGCAGAACUCAAAGAGUUGACAUGAACAUUCUGUAUGAUCAUGCACCGGAUCAGUUCUUGGCAUGUGUUCCACAGUUCAUUGAUCAAGUCAAGAAGAUUACAUACAUUGAUCUCUUCUUAUCGUCUCUGAGAGAGGAAGAUGUCACCAAGACCAUGUAUAAAGAGACCAAAGUUGUCCAACCAAGUCAAAAUAGCCUUCCGAUCACCAAUGGUACGAAUGGCGUCGUUACUAUGGAGGCAACAUUUGGGAAGAAGUCCAAGGUUAAUCGAGUCUGCGAUGCAUUUCUUGAAGUGCUCAAGACGAAGACAGCUACGAACCUUCAAAACAUCAUAACCGCAAACGUGUGCAAGUCACCUCCUGCACUUGAGGAUGGCUUACUCGUUGUUGCAAAACUCAUGCAAGAUGAUUCGCAAAUGGCUGACAAAGCUGUCGAGCAUAUUUGCUUCUUGGCAGAUGUCAACAGGCUUUAUGACAAUGCCCUUGGGCUCUAUAAUUUGGAUCUGGCGCUUCUGGUGGCGCAACAAUCCCAGAAAGACCCUCGAGAAUACCUGCCAUUUAUGCAGAACCUACAAGAAAUGACUGAUUUGCGACGUCGCUUCAGUAUUGACGAUUAUCUAAACCGCCAUGCAAAGGCUCUAACGCACCUUCAUGCUCUGGACGUCUUCUCUGAACUCCAGACAUAUACUCAGAAGCAUGCACUCUAUCAAGCCGCUCUAUCACUUUACCGGUACAACCCAAGCCAACACGCUGCUCUCACCCUCCUCUAUGCCUCUUACCUCGAAACCAAAUCCUCCUUCAAAGAAGCAGCACUAGCCUACGAAUCUCUCCACAACUACGAAAAAGCCACCUCCUGCUACCUCGCAUCCGGCCCGUCCUCCUGGCGUGAAACUCUUUUUUGCGCACUCUCCCAAACACCACCUCUCUCGGGGUCAAGUCUUACGGACCUUGCAACCUCCCUUUAUGACGCUCUGCUAGAAAGCAAAGACUAUUUUGCGGCGGGCACCAUUCAGCUUGACUACCUCUCAUCCGUCCCCAACGCCUGCCGAGCCUAUUGCAAAGGGUAUUUCUUCUCUGAAGCUCUCCACCUAAUAGCGCAGAAACAGCAGCCUUCGCUCUUAGAAGAAGUAAUUGACCCGGGCCUCAGCGACGCCUUCGCAUCUUCCACGGAGCUCCUCGCAGAAUGCAAAGCACAGCUUCUAGCACAAGUUCCUCGAAUCCGUGAACUUCGCGCUAAGGCCCUCGCUGAUCCAUUGGCGUUCUACGAGGGUGAGCGAGGAGGCGAUGGCGAUUUGCCGGAUGAUGUAUCUGUGGCUGCGAGUUCGCGUUUGAGUACUAAUAGGAGCUUGUUUACGAGGUAUACGGGGAAAGGGAGCCAGGGACAGAGUAUUGGGACGGCAGGAACAGGCGUGAGUAGGGCCACAAGUAAGAAUCGAAGAAGAGAAGAGAGGAAGAGAGCAAGGGGCAAGAAGGGGAGUGUGUAUGAAGAAGAAUAUCUGGUUGCUAGUGUGGGGAGACUGGUCGAAAGAGUCGAGAGUGUUAGGGGUGAGGUGGGCCGGUUGGUUACGGGUCUGGUGAGGAGAGCGAUGUGGGAAAGGGCAAGAGCUGUGGAGGCUGCUCUGGCGGAGGUGGUUGGUAUGUGUAAGGCGUGUGUGCCGGAGGUGUUUGGGACGCCUGAGCAACCUGCUGAGCUUGCAGCGGAUGAGAACGGGUAUCGCCCUAUUGGAGGCGACGCCGUGCUGCAAGAGAGUAUCGACGCAGCUGGUAAAAGAAAAGAACCCCCUGUCAUUGCAGCAUUUGAGAAGUUGUCUCUGCUUGGGAACUAG